UCAGGUUUAAGGAUACUGCGCAGUGAGACAGUUCAAACGGGCAGCCUAAACGGCGGAGGUUCUGGGAAGCCCGGAGAGCCGGGUGUAUCGCGAUAGAUCGCGGAGGGAGCACGGUGCGACGAGGAAACAGAUAUAUAGCACAGGAACAAACAAAGGGAGAUCAUCAUGGGGGACGACAGCGAGUGGAUGAAGCUUCCUAUUGACCAGAAAUGCGAGCACAAGGUAUGGAAAGCCAGAUUAAACGGUUACGAAGAGGCUAUGAAACUAUUCCAAAAGAUUGUGGAUGAGAAGAGCCCGGAAUGGUCCAAAUAUCUCGGCUUAAUCAAGAAGUUUGUCACAGAAUCCAACGCUGUCGCACAGUUAAAAGGCCUGGAGGCUGCUCUUGUCUUUGUAGAAAAUGCACAUGUCGCGGGAAAGACUACAGGGGAGGUGGUUUCUGGUGUUGUGAACAAAGUAUUUAAUCAGCCAAAAGCCAGAGCAAAGGAACUUGGGUCAGAUAUCUGCUUGACGUACAUAGAAAUCGAGAAGGCGGAGGCUGUACAGGAGGAGCUGCUGAAAGGCCUAGAUAAUAAGAAUCCAAAGAUUGUGGUGGCCUGCGUGGAGACACUGCGGAGAGCCCUGAGUGAAUUCGGUUCAAAAAUAACGUCCCUGAAGCCAAUUAUUAAAGUUUUGCCAAAGCUUUUCGAAUCUCGAGAGAAGGCGGUGCGAGAUGAAGCCAAGCAACUUGCUGUGGAGAUCUAUCGCUGGAUCAGAGACGCUCUGAGGCCACCAUUACAGAACAUUAAUCCAGUGCAGCUUAAAGAUCUAGAGGAGGAGUGGGUGAAGAUCCCACAGUCUGCGCCCAAGCAGACCCGCUUCCUGCGCUCGCAGCAAGAUCUGAAGGCAAAGUUUGAACAGCAGCAAGCAAGCGGAGAUGCUGAAGGAGACGAAGCUGAGGAAGAAGCUGUUCCUCAGAUUGAUGCCUAUGAGCUGCUUGAAGCUGUUGAAAUUCUCUCAAAAUUGCCGAAAGAUUUCUAUGAUAAGAUUGAAGCCAAAAAAUGGCAGGAGAGAAAGGAGGCUUUGGAAGCUGUGGAGAUCCUGGUCAAAAACCCCAAGCUUGAGGCUGGCGACUAUGGAGAUCUUGUGAGGGCCCUUAAGAAGGUGAUUGGCAAGGACACGAAUGUAUUGCUUGUAGCACUGGCUGCCAAAUGCGUAGCAGCGCUUGCCUCUGGCCUCAGGAAGAAGUUUGGCACAUACGCUGGCCAAAUUGUGCCAACUAUAUUAGAGAAGUUUAAGGAAAAGAAGCCUCUAGUAGUUCAAGCCUUACAGGAGGCCAUUGAUGCCAUAUUUCUCACAACCACGCUGCAGAACAUAAGUGAAGAUGUCCUCGCCGUCAUGGAUAACAAGAACCCAACAAUAAAGCAGCAGACUUCUCUAUUUCUUGCAAGAAGCUUCCGACACUGCACGCCCUCAACCCUGCCCAAAAGUCUACUGAAGCCGUUCUGUGCAGCACUUCUAAAGCAUAUCAAUGACUCUGCGCCGGAUGUGAGAGAUGCUGCUUUUGAAGCCAUGGGGACAGCUCAAAAAGUAGUUGGAGAGAAAGCUGUUAACCCGUUUCUUGCUGAAGUGGACAAGCUGAAGCUUGAUAGAAUCAAAGAAUGUGCUGAUAAAAUCGACCUAUCCGGGGGCAAGAAGUCAGGAUCUGGAGAGAAGAAGGAAACCAAAGCUCCUGGGAAAGCGGCACCUCCACCAAGUGCGCCUAGUGAAAAAGAUACAAAGGAAGCUGCCAAACCUGGAAUGGCGCCUAGGAAACCACCGGCCGCCAAGGCUGGCGGUCCUGUUAAGAAGGGUAAAGCCCCAGCAUCUGGUGGUGGAGCUGCUAAGGGAAAGAAGGGUGCAGAUGUGAAAGAGGUGUUUGAACAAGAGCUCUCUCCUGAGGUUUGUGAAGAGAAGGCGGCAGCGGUUCUUCCUGGGACUUGCAUGCAGCUGCUAGAUAGUAGUAACUGGAAGGAAAGAUUGGCGAGCAUGGAAGAAUUCCAGAAGGCUGUUGAAUCAAUGGAGAGGAAUGAUAUUCCCUGCCAAGCACUAGUCAAAAUGUUGGCCAAGAAACCAGGUUUUAAAGAGACCAACUUCCAGGUCAUGCAGAUGAAGUUGCACAUUGUGGCUCUCAUUGCUCAGAAAGGCAACUUUUCUAAAACCUCUGCCAACGUGGUCCUUGAUGGACUUGUAGACAAAGUUGGAGAUGUGAAAUGUGGGGGCAAUGCCAAGGAAGCUCUCAGUGCUAUCGCAGAGGCCUGUACACUCCCCUGGACAGCUGAGCAGGUUGUCUCCCUGGCUUUUGCACAGAAAAAUCCUAAGAACCAAUCGGAAACCCUGAACUGGCUUUCAAAUGCAAUAAAAGAGUUUGGUUUUACAGGGAUCAAUGUAAAGGCUUUCAUCACCAAUGUAAAGACUGCUCUUGCUGCCACAAACCCUGCCAUCAGGAUUUCUGCCAUCACCUUGCUGGGUGUCAUGUUCCUGUAUAUGGGAGCCCCACUGCGAAUGUUUUUUGAAGAAGAAAAGCCGGCUCUUCUGGCUCAAAUUGAUGCAGAGUUUGAGAAGAUGAAGGGACAGACUCCAUCAGCACCAACCCGUGGAUCUACAAAGUCUGGUGCAGGAGGAGAUGAUGGUGACGAGGGGGAGGAGCAGGAAGAGGACUCUCCUGUUGACGUAAUGGAUCUUCUGCCACGGGCUGAGAUCAGUGACAAAAUCACUUCUGACCUUGUGUCAAAGAUCGGCGAUAAAAACUGGAAAAUCCGCAAGGAAGGUUUAGAUGAAGUUGCAACAAUUCUUAAUGAGGCCAAAUUCAUCCUUCCUAAUAUCGGAGAACUUCCAAUUGCACUGAAGGGUCGUCUCGGUGACUCUAAUAAGAUCCUGGUUCAGCAGACCUUGGGCAUCCUGCAGCAACUCGCCACAGCCAUGGGUCCAAAUAUCAAACAGCAUGUUAAGCACCUGGGUAUGCCUAUUGUAACGGUCCUGGGAGAUAGCAAGGCAAAUAUCAGAGCUGCGGCACUGGUGACACUAAAUAACUGGGUGGAGCAAACUGGUAUGAAGGAUUGGUUAGAAGGAGAAGAUCUCUCUGAGGAGCUGAAAAAAGAAAAUCCUUUCCUCAGACAAGAGGUUCUUGGAUGGUUGGCAGAAAAACUUCCCACCAUGCGCACGGUACCCUCAGAUCUACAGUUCUGUGUCCCUUAUUUGUACGCCUGCCUUGAAGACCGUAAUGGUGACGUACGUAAGAAAGCCCAGGAGGCUCUGCCCAUGUUUAUGAUGCAUAUUGGAUUUGAAAAGAUGUCUAAAGCAACUGGUAAACUCAAGCCUGCAUCUAAAGACCAGGUGGUUGUUCUGCUGGAGAAGGCAAAAACCAGCAUGCCAGCCAAACCUGCCCCACCACCAGGCAAGACCUCUUCCAAGCAAGCAGGAGGGUCUGCCCAAGCCUCGGCUCCUGCCCCUGCAGCAGCUGUGUAUGAUUCUGGGCCACCACCUUCAGAGAGCAAGCCAGAUCCAAAGAAGACUAAACCGGGUGCACCGGCGUCUAAAGGAAAGACCCAGUCAGUGUCAUCAGAGGGUAAUACCAGUAUGACCCCAACGAAGGCUAAUACCAGCGUGUCCAAAGCCAAGCAAACUAAGCCGGCGGUUGUGCCCGCAAAGAAAGUGCCAAGCAAGCCACUGAAAGAAGAGGAGGACAGGUCUGGCCCCAUUUACAUAGUAGUUCCUAACGGGAAGGAACAGAGGGUGAAGGAGGAGAAGGCAUUGAAGGUCUUGAAAUGGAACUUUCCAGCCCCUCGUGACGAGUACAUUGAGCAGCUGAAAACUCAGAUGUCUACCUGUCUUGCAAAAUGGCUACAGGAUGAGCUAUUCCAUGCUGAUUUCCAGCGCCAUAUAAAGGCCUUGGCCAUAAUGACUGAUCGCUUGGAGACUGAGAAGGAAGGAGUUAUCGGCAGCUUGGACCUCGUUCUUAAAUGGUUUACCUUGCGCUUCUUUGACACCAACACCAGUGUCUUGAUGAAGGUUCUGGAAUACCUGAAGUUGCUCUUUGCCAUGCUUAGCCAAGAGGAAUACCAUCUCACAGAGCUUGAGGCCACCUCCUUCCUCCCUUACCUGCUGAAUAAGGUGGGCGAGCCAAAAGAUAUUGUACGAAAAGAUGUGCGUGCCAUUUUGAACAAGAUGUGCCUGGUGUACCCAGCUAGCAAGAUGUUUAACUUUGUGAUGGAAGGGACCAAGUCAAAGAACUCCAAGCAGCGAGCUGAGUGCCUGGAGGAGCUUGGCUGCCUGGUCGAAUCCUAUGGUAUGAGUGUUUGUCAGCCGACACCUGCCAAAACCCUGAAGGAGAUCGCUGUGCAUAUUGGAGACAGAGAUAACAGCGUGCGCAAUGCUGCUCUUAACACCAUCGUGAUCGUGUACAACGUGCAUGGAGAGCAAGUCUUCAAACUCAUAGGAAAUCUGUCUGAGAAGGACAUGAGCAUGCUGGAGGAAAGGAUAAAGCGUGCUGGUAAGAAACAGACUGUGGCUGCCCCUGCUAAACAACCAGAAGAGAAACCGCAGCGCGUUCAGAGUGCCAAUACUAGUCUGCAGCGGAAAGCACCUCCUGAAGACAUGUCUUCCAAAUUGAAUCAAGCCCGAAACAUGGGAGGACACCCGGAACCAACUCAUUCAGUUCCCAGAGAAUUCCAGUUGGAUUUGGAUGAAAUUGAGAAUGAUAAUGGCACGGUGAGGUGCGAGAUGCCAGCAUUAGUUCAGCACAAGCUGGAUGAGAUCUUCGAUCCAGUCCUAAUCCCAGAACCAAAGAUUCGGGCCGUAUCCCCACACUUUGACGACAUGCAUAGUAAUACUGCUUCCACAAUCAAUUUCGUGAUCUCUCAAGUUGCUAGUGGUGAUAUCAACACCAGUAUACAAGCGCUGGCUCAGAUUGAUGAAGUCUUGCGUCAGGAGGAUAAGGCAGAAGCCAUGUCAGGUCACAUAGAUCAAUUUUUGAUUGCCACCUUUAUGCAGCUCCGGCUGGUGUACAACACCCAUAUGGCAGAUGAGCGGCUGGACAAAGAUGAUAUUAUUCGUCUCUACAGUUGCAUCAUCGGCAACAUGAUUUCGCUCUUUCAAAUGGAGAGUCUAGCUCGGGAAGCCUCCACAGGGGUCCUGAAGGACUUGAUGCACGGUCUCAUCACCCUAAUGCUUGACACAAGGGGGGAAGAUCUAGAAGAGGGACAGCAAGUGGUGCGUUCAGUCAACCUCCUCGUGGUUAAAGUGCUAGAGAAGUCAGACCAGACUAAUAUAUUGAGUGCUCUUCUGCUGCUUCUUCAGGACAGUCUUCUUGCUACAGCCAGCUCGCCCAAGUUCUCUGAGCUAGUCAUGAAGUGUUUGUGGCGGAUGAUUCGACUCAUCCCAGAAGCCAUCAAUAAUAUAAAUCUGGACAGAAUUCUGCUGGAUAUCCAUAAUUUUAUGAGGGUCCUGCCCAAAGAGAAGCUAAAGCAGCACAAGGGUGAGCUGCCAAUGAGGACCCUAAAAACUUUGCUGCACACUCUGUGCAAACUGAAAGGCCCGAAGAUCAUGGAUCAUCUGAGCAUGAUUGAGAACAAGCAUGAGUCUGAGCUGGAAGCUCAUCUACUGAGGGUAAUGAAGCACUCCAUGGAUGGCACCAGUUCAAAGUCCGACAAGGAGACAGAGAAAGGAGCGUCCCGCACGGAGGAAAAGGUUUCAAAAGCAAAUGUUAGUGACUUCCUUGCUGAGAUUUUCAAGAAGAUUGGAUCUAAAGAGAACACAAAGGAGGGUUUGGCAGAGCUGUACGAGUACAAGAAGAAAUAUUCUGAUGCAGACAUCGAGCCCUUUCUCAAGAACUCCUCCCAGUUCUUCCAGAGCUAUGUGGAACGUGGUCUCCGUCUCAUUGAGAUGGAGAGGGAAGGGAAGGCUCGCAUCACCUCAUCUGCAGGUAUCACUCUACCUGUGACAGAGAUAAAUAAUCAACCAGCAGUGACCAGCAGCGCUCCACCUGCUACAAAUGCUAAUGGAGAGGAAGUGGGACCUUCUGUCUACCUGGAGAGGCUGAAAAUACUGCGCCAGAGGUGUGGGCUCGAUAAUGCAAAGCACGACGAGAGGCCUCCCCUCAGCUCCCUGCUCUCGAAGACCUCUACUCCAUCAGUGGUGUCCUCCACAGACAUGCUGCACAGCAAGCUCUCCCAGCUCCGGGAAUCGAGGGAGCAGUUUCAGCACUUGGAUCUGGACUCCAACCAAACUCACGCCAGCACCACAUCGUCCACUUCUUCCUCGGCCACUACAACCAACAUUGACGACUUGAAAAAGAGACUGGAAAGAAUUAAAAGCAGUCGGAAGUGAUUUGCCCACACUUAAGCCUUGUGCUGCAGUCUCUUCCUAUCUGCACUCUUUAGGAGUCUAGUCUAUGGCUCAGUGGCUCCGUCUAGGUCUAUUGUAAACUAUCGUUUUAUGUAUCAUACUGUGCAUUUCUUUGUUUGGGGGGGUGGGGGGGAAUAUCUACCGUGGCUGAGUAUUUGUACAUACAUAUAUAUCUGUUCUAACUCUCCUGUGUGUUUUAGUGUACAGACUGUGUCUUCCUGUUCUAUGCCUAACUUUGCGCUUUAUUUUUUUUGGUCUGGUUUUAAUCGUCCAUUUCCAUGGCUCUUAUAUUUGUAGCUCCGUGGCUGUUUUUUGACUUGCUUUUAAUUUAACAUAAAGCAGUGGAUCGCUGAUUCUGUAUGGAAUCGUAAGGCAUGGCAUGAAAAUGUUUUUGUAAAUAAAGUUUGAAAUAAGUGACUACAUUGUAAAUGAUGCUGUCCUUCAGUUGCUCCAGUGAUUUUUGGACCUGUACAUUACAGUAACUAAUCCAAAGGCCUUGUACCUCCAUCUAGCCACUAGCUCUCUUUCUCAGAGCCGUAAAGUUUGGCAUUUCGUUUUCAUGGGCCGUCAUAAUAAAAAUUUUCCCCAUGGUUAGGCCUUUCAUUGCUGUAGUCUGACCAUGGCAUGAAAUGGGAUUGUACGCUCAUACAAAUAGAAAAUAAUUUUGUAAGACAGUAAUUCCUUAAUUGGAUUAUACACAUGAAAUUUUAAACUUCAAGUAUUUUAUAAAAAAUUAUUUUUCCAUUGUGCUUUGGAUAAAAGUUAAAAUAAAACUACAUGCAACCAAAAUAACCCAAACUUAACAGGUUAUUCAGUGGGAACCAUGUAUAGUUUGCUUUUUUACAUUUUUGUUUAAUCUCAAAAAUCAUGUGUUCUGUUUUUUCAAUGCAAAAGACUAAAUACCCUCAAAUGGCACCAAAAAAUUAUGUGAAACCUAUUCAGAAAUUGGGUGUAAUGUAAAGAUCUGCACCUGUUCUGUGUUUAUGACCUGCUCCCAGCUUUGGCUCACAAUAACUGAUCAAAUAACUGGUGUGAACUCAGCCUUAUUCUAUUCUAUUCACAUGUCUGCAAUGGGUCUCCAGGACAGCUUGUCUUGAGGUCCUAAACUUUGGCUGAGAAGGUUCUGUAUCCUUGAUAGAAGACUGGUUGACUCUGAUCAUCUUUCAGUGGUGGCCUGUGAGGAGUAGGUCACUGGAUGAUCAUGGUCUAUGUAUUUGUGUCAAUGGUUUGGUCAGCUUUGGAGAAAUCCCUUCUCGUUAGAAAGGUAGACCCUUGCCGAGAGGGAAUAUAACAUUGUUUUCUCUGAUAUUCUAACAACUGUAUGUUCUUGCUCCCAUGGCACUGAUCUAGUGGUGUAAGUGGUUUGCGAGGGUAAAAUGUGCUGACUAGAAUCCCUUUGGGGUAGCUUGGAUGCAUUUGUGCACACUGUUGGAUAACACCCAGCCAUAGAGGAAGUGUUUAAAAAUAUCUUUAUUGAUGGGCAGACGUACAGAAUUUGGUUGUGUUGAGCUGGAAUGCUUUGAAAGCUAAGUGGUUAAGAACCAGAUGCUGGAAAAUAAACUUGCUCUUAGGGAUUUUGCUC